AUGGUGUCUUGUGUGUUUGCCUUUUGUCUUCUGUGCCUGUUCUUUGGCAGAAUGGUUCAGAUGACAGAGUCGCAAAUGUUCUCAUCUGUUCAUCCAGAGUCUCGUUUCAUAUCAGCUCAAGUUGGUGGAAACCUGACAUUAAAAUGUUUCCAUGAUGGUGACAGGUCUGCAAGACUUUACUGGUUUAAGCAAAAUCUGGGACAAAAACCAAAGAUCAUCUCUCACUUUUUCAAAUAUAAUUUGAACAACUCUUCUAAUGAAGAGCUCAAGAACAACCCACGCUUCACACUGGAUACACAAGACGGCACAUAUCACUUGACAAUCAGAGAUUUGAAAUGUUCAGACUCAGCUAUUUACUACUGUGUUUACUAUUUAUACACUUUAACCUUUUUAGAGACCAUCAUCGUCAGUGUAAAAGGUUCAGGUGUGAACAUCAAAGCUGUGGUCCAGCAGUCAGCAUCUGAGACCAUCCAGCCAGGAGGCUCCGUGACCCUGAACUGUACAGUACACACUGGGACCUGUGAUGGAGAGCACAGUGUUUACUGGUUCAAAGACUCAGACNNNNAUCGCCCAGCUCUAUGCUAUACUAAUGGUAGCNNNAACGAUCAGUGUGAGAAGAACGAACAAACAUACAACUGCACUUACAACCUGCCAGUGAAGAGCAUAAAUGUGUAUAAUGCUGGAACCUACUACUGUGCUGUUGCCUCAUGUGGACACAUACUGUUUGGAAGUGGGAAAAAACUGGACUUUGAAGAUAAUCGUGCUUCUUUCUGGACUUUCUGGAGCGGUGCCUUUGCAUUUACCUCCAUCCUGAGUGUACUGCUGGCUUUCUUACUGUGUAUGAGCAAUAACUGUGGCUGUGAAUCUUCAGAGCCUGAAGCAAUCCCUUCCAGAGCAGAUGCAAAGGGUUUUCAAACAGAGAAGCUCAUUUUUGCUGCUUCAACUGUCAACCUGUACAACCGGUCAAAAAGUCAGAGAGAUCAGACCUGGAGUGAAUGUGCGUACUACAGUGUGCAGUUACAGUGGUACAAACAACAGUAA